AUGGCGGGAGCGGACGUGAGACCGUGCGUGUUCUGUCAGAUCGCUCAGUCGUCCACUUCGACUACCCUUCUCUAUAGAGUCAGAGCAGAUCUUCCCGUCAAUAAUUCUUUUUCUUAUCAACUGUGAUGCUUCGGAGUCGAAUCAUUUUUACAAAUAAUUCCACUGUUUUUGGAAGUUCCAGGAUGACAGGAUCGUCGUGUUUCAAGAUAUCAACCCCUCGGCCUUCAGGUGAAGCUCUCUUCGUAGUUGCAUCCUCUAUUUUUUUGAGCUAUGCUCUUGCUCUUUCGAGUCUUCUCUCGCGAUUUCAUUUGGCAUGCCUCCGUGAUCGUCACCUGGAAUUGAUGAUCGACGAAAGAUUGUCCGAUCUAAUGAAUUUGAUGACAGUGUGAUGUUUUUGGAAAAAUAAAGUUGAGAAACGAUGAGGGAAAUUUCCUCAUCAGUAGUUAAGGUCAAAGGCGAGAAUACGUCUAUUCUGUCAGAAGCCAAGGAAGAAGUAAUUGAGACAACGGAAGAAGAUCUCUGAUGGGUAGAGGGAGCAAACGAUCCUCUAGGGUCGUAUUUGUGAUGGGAAAGUUGGUUAUCUCGAGGGAUUGUCUUUUCUACGUGACAGAAAAAGCGAAGGUGAACGCGUCAAACAGCCGCAGGACGAUUUCAUGACCCCAAAAUCAUUUGAACAACUACCAAAAACAAAUUCGCUACACAGAUGGUGUACAUAAACGAUGGUUUAAAUGCAUAAACGAACUGCCGCCAAACUACUGAUGCGAACAGCUAAUAUUAUAGGAAAUAUCCUGUAUCUUUAGAGAGAUUACGAUGUUCAUUUUGAUAGGCCCCAAGGGAUGGCCAAAUUCGGGAUAAUGGGAAUGCUUUCCCUAUUACUUUGACUAUCUUAGACUCUCCUUCUAGUGAGGUCCAAUGGCUGCCUCUCUGUGGCAGUGCAAAUCAUGCAAGGAGUCAUAUGUCAAUGCCAACGGUUUUUAUGCAAACUUGAACACAUCGUUUGAUACAUUUGAGGUAGUGAGACAUGUGAGUUAUUUUCAGACAGGAUCCAAUAAAUGCAUAUUUUAUUGUCGGGUUUGAUGUUUCAUCUUGUGUAUUGUCUCUUUUUACUGUCUGGAUCUUGGAGAAAACUUGCACACAAUCAGAUACCAUCAUCUGUGUUCAUUUUGAUAAACUUCACAGUUGCGUUCCUCACGGAAAAAGGUUAAAAUUGAAGGGAUCUGCCAACUGUCAGAUAAAGAUGCAUCUUUUGCAUUACUUUCUCAUUUCCUUCUUUGAAGAUCUAACAACUAUUAUCAACGAGAACUUAUUUGCCAAGAUUCAUGCAAUGUUAUAAUUAAGACUCCUCGAGAUCCUUUAUUUAAUUUUUUUCUUAAAUUAUUUGGUUUUAGUUAUGCUCAAUUGUGAAAAUGUAGAAAAGCCUAGAACGAUCUGAAACAGAGCAUUCCUGAACUUCUUUUUUCUUUCUUUUCACUUUACAAUCUGCUUAAUUUUGUUACUACCUUUCUGAUACUAAUAUUCUUUCCAUCUAUUCAAAGUAAGUCAACUUUUUCCGUCUCCUGUCACGCAAUUUAAAAUUGUGUUUGAUUGACCAAUGAAAAUCAGCAGUUACAUCUAUUUGGCUCGUUUUCAGCAGUGACGAUCUUUGUAACACUUUUAUUUGGUAUUUGAAAAAUUGAUAGGCAUUAUCUGUCUGUUCCUAUAAAUCACAUUGCGACUGUCAAUGAUCUCCGAAGAACAACUGAAGAUUAUGAGUUAGGUAUAUAUCUCACAAGCAGAGGCUAUUUUUUAGUUUCCACAUGCUUUCUUUCUAUCCAGAUGGUAUAUCAUAUCAGUUUACGCUGGCUCAUGUACCAGAUCAAUUGAUCUAGGUGAUGAAUUAUGAAUCUUACCUGAUUUUCACAUCGCAAUCUUAAUCGAUCGUCAUUUGUUGGCUCUUUUUUAGCCUUCAAUUUUGGAGUGAUACCAUAAAAUUGAUCCCUAAUCAGAUUCAGUUUGAACUAUUUCUCUGGUUUGUUUCGGUCCGGUAUGUAUCAUGGAUUAUAUGCAACAUAGGCGUCUAAUAUUUUUGAAAUUUUAGCCACUUUCUCUAUAAUCCAUCCAUGAUAUUGGUUACAUUUUUCCUGUUCACAGUAAAACACAUGCUGAAAGUGGGACAAAACCUUCUCUCCCAAGAUGCACCUCAGUCCACGCUCCAUAGGUACGUCAAUUUGAAAUUGAAUCUAAUCUUGGUGGGUUAAUCAUUUUAACUUAUUCUAUGGGAUUCUAGGACGUCACAUCACUGACUGCAUUGCUUUCUUUGAUAUUAUGAAUCUUCCCACGGUAGGUCUCACAACUAUUUAACUAUAUGCCCUGUCUGCUAUCUCUCUUUCUCCGGAGACAAUGGGAGAUUCAUUCUUCCAAAAAAAAUAAAAAAUAAAAAUUAAGUAAGCAUCCGAAGAAAUCUUCAUAUCUAGUUGUUCUCCAUGAAAAUUUAUAAGCUUUUGUUUGUUUGUGGACACCAGAUUGUCAGAAAUAUUUUACUCGAGAAAUCUCAUUUGCUAAAGUGUUUGAACAUUUUACGUUCAUCUUAUUCUUUCAAUGCUCUGUUAGAUAUCUUAAUGUUGAACGUGCUGGAACCUUAGGCAGUGCAGAUAGCAUUUUGAUCAAAGAGCUGAUACGCUGUUUUAAUCAUUGGUCGAGAUGUUAAUACACUCUCCACAUUAGCAUGCAAAAGAGUGCCUGCUGUACGAGCGAAAUUCAGAAGUAAGAUAUUUUAAUCCUGCAGAUUUGGUUUCCAUACCCCCCCAUUCAAUAGUGUUGACCAUCUCCAUCUCCAUUGUCUGGCGCUACCAUUCAUUCCCAGGUAUGGCUCACUUGAAAAUUUCUAACUGCUUCACACUUUUAGGGUACUUAAAGUACUCCUGUUCCUGACCUUUUUUUUCCAACAAAUCUUCUUGAUUAUUAUCUGAAAAUAUUACAACAACCGGUGGGUAAUUGAAAAAGUUCAAAUAUGUUACACUUGCUUUACGAAUCGUCCAUCAUGGUACUCAGAAAAGGACUUUAACAGUUGGAGGUGGAUUAAGUAUACGUCCUUGGGACCUCUUCCUGGAUUCAUUGAGGUAGAAGAGUUUUUGGAGAGGAUAAAGCCUUAG